AUGGAGCUUAGUGAGAUCCUAUCAGCUGAGAGGGAUUCUGACGAAGAAACAAAGAGUGAUGACGAAGAUGAUUUAGGAAAUACUUCAAUUGACUACGACAAUGAUCACGAGAAACAUGGAGAAGAAGUUAAAUCAUUUGUGCCAUCGAUCAAGAUAAGGUUCAACCAGAACACAACAUUCAAGUAUUGGAGAACAGGCUCCGGAUGUGGGCAGGAGGAUUAUUAUGAGCUUAUGGAUAAACUUUUCGCCAUCAGCCCAUCACGUUCAUUUUCUGUGACAGGGUCUUCUGGUAAAAUUGAAGUAUUUAUGUACUUCACUAUUGUGAUGAAAUCUUAUCAAAGGCCACUUUAUACUAUGAAUGGGAUAACGAAGUCGAUUGUGCUAAUGGAUGAAGAAGAGCUUAAGGAGUGGGUUGCACAGGUCGAGCUUGGUCUUCUCUUUAUGUUUGUUUCUAUGCCUGAGGGUGGGAACGAUCUCAUGCAAAUAUGCUUUAGGUGCAGAAAUGAAAUGGAAUAUAAUGUUUGUAUAGGGUAG